ACCGUCAUCAACAUCAACACCACGGACAAAAAUCUCAUCACAGUGAUUUACUCGAGUGAAUUAUUACAGUGUCUUCGCAGUCUGUAUUCAGUCCGAACUAACAAAACUGAGGAUUCGGUCUUACAUGUGAUUCGGUUUUGCAACUUAGAUAUUUUCGUGUCAAUUUACUUCGGCAAAAAAAGAUCCCUUGGCAAAGAUGCAGAAACACGCCAUUAUUUUUACACUGAUUGUCAUGCUUGCGAGUUUUGCCAGUCACUCUUUUGCUGCUCAGAACGAAUACACUCAGCUGUUUGGCAAAUGUGCCAAAGAGAAGAAUACUUUUGACUGUCUCAAACGGAAGGCACUUAAUAUUCUCGAUUCUGCGGUGAAGGAAGACUCAGUUUACACCCUGAAUGAUUUGAUCUCGAUAAAGAAGGAUCCAAAGUUCGUUGAGAUAUCGGAUGACUCGCGAAGCUUGGAGAACGACACGCUGGACAACCAGCUCGAGAAGAAAUUUUACGAGUACCUUUCCUCGAGGAGCAUUCAGUUCACUAUUCCUGGAAACAUAAUCGAAGGUCGUAAAAAGAAGGAUAAAUAUGGCGGCAUGCUCAUGAUGGGUGGACUUGCAAUGGCUGGUAUGAUGGCGCAGCUGGCAAUGGGCAAGAUCGCAUUUCUCGCAGGAACUGCACUUUUAACGGCGAAAAUUGCUCUUGUAAUCAGCGCCAUAAUUGGUCUCAAAAAGUUGGCCAGCGGCGGAGGCGGUGGGCAUGAAGUUAUCUACGCAACAGCUACGGAACACCAUGGAGGUGGGGGUGGAGGUAGUGGAUCCUAUGGCGGGGGCUGGCAAAGGUCUUUUGGAGGACCCAAUUUGACCGGAAACAGCGCUGCGUAUCCGGUGUACACGGGUGCGGUAAACGACGGACACGAUUUGGCCUACAAUGGCCAAAGGUCUCAGAGUUGAAGUAACUCCAAAUCUGUACAGUAUGUACGAUGAUACUUCUUCAUUUACAUUUUUGACGAACCCACAGCAGGGAUAAUGCAUACUGUCAGUGAAAAGCAAGGCUCUAGUUUCGAUUACAUACGAAAGGUUUUAUUGCUAAGUGAUAUACGUAGAUUAUAAGUGGUAAAUAGUUAUGUCUAAUUUAAGUUUUGUAAUUUUAGUAAUUUAUUUAUAUUGGUCUAGAUGUCAGGUUUAUACGUUCACGUCUGUUGAGUGACCUGGAAAUCAUUCGUUUGAACUCCUAGAUUUCGCUUUUUUGAAUCAAGAGGAUUUUCACAUCCUCUAAAUCAACAGGUCACAUGCGGUCUUUGAUUCAUCUAAUACUUUAAUUCAUAUAAAUAUAAUGGAUUUAAAUCACG